AUGGAGCUGGACGUGCAACGGGCCAAGGAGCUCAUUGAGCAGAAGCUGGCGGAGGAGGAGGAGGAGGAGGAGGAGAAGGUCCAGGAGCGGGUGCGGAAGAGCUCAGUGGACCUGCGGCGGGAGAUCAUUGACGUGGGGAGCAUCCAGCGCCUCAUCGAGCUCCGCAAGCAGCGCCGGCAGCGCCGGGAGGAGCGGGCGGCCACCCCCGAGCCCCCUCCGCCACCUAAGCCCCUGGAGAUCGAGGGUCCUGUGGAGCCAGAGACCUUCCUGCGAGCUGCUGUCCAGGGCAAGAUGCACGUCAUCGAGAAGUUUCUGGCAGAUGGUGGCUCCCCUGACACGUGUGAUGAGUUCCACCGCACGGCCCUGCACCGCUCCUCGCUGGAGGGACACACAGACAUCCUGCAGAAGCUGCUGGACAGUGGGGCGACCGUCGACUUCAGGGACCGGCUGGACUGCACUGCCGUGCACUGGGCCUGCCGGGGUGGUCACCUGGAUGCCGUCAAGCUGCUGCAGGACCACGGGGCAGAUCUCAACCUGAAGGACAAGCUGCUCAGCACCCCCCUCCAUGUGGCCACCCGGACUGGGCAUCCCGACAUCGUGGAGCACCUCAUACACUGCGGGGUGAACAUCAACUCCCCAGACAGGGAAGGCGACACGGCACUUCACGACGCCACACGGCUCAGCCGCUACAAGAUCAUCAAAAUGCUGAUCCUGCAUGGGGCUGACAUGAUGGCCAAGAAUGAGACUGGCAAGACCCCGACAGACCUGGUGCAGCAGUGGCAGGUGGACACGCGCCAGGCGCUGGAGACCAAGGAACAGCCGCAGGGGGAGACGGACGUCCCUGCAUGACAGCGCCGGGCAGGGACCCGGGACUGGACUUGGCU